GGAUUCUAACAGGUCUAGUGUUCUAUAAAAAGAUACUAUUGGAGAUUACAUACUUCUCAUCUCACUUUGAUCCUCUAAAAACUCUUCCUCUACUUUCUUUUCCUCCCAAAACACACGUCAAAGAGAUAUAAUGGCAAUGUCAUUCUCAGGAGCUGUUCUCAGCGGGAUUGGUUCUUCUUUCCACAACGGAGGAGCCAAGCAGAGCAGCGUUGGCGCCGUCGGAUUUGGCCGGAAAACUGAGCUCGUCGUUGUCGCUCAGCGCAAGAAGUCGUUGAUCUACGCCGUUAAAGAUGACGGCAACAUCCUCGAUGACAUUAACGAAGCCACAAAGAAAGCUUCGGAUUACGUGACGGAGAAGACAAAGGAGGCGUUGAAAGAUGGAGAGAAAGCAAAAGAUUACGUUGUUGAGAAAAACGUUGAAGCCAAAGAUACGGCGGCGGAAGAAGCUCAGAAAGCUUUGGAUUAUGUGACGGAGAAAGGAAAAGAGGCCGGAAACAAAGCGGCUGAGUUUGCAGAGGGUAAAGCAGGAGAGGCUAAGGAUGCCACAAAGCCAUGAUUCAACCACUUAACUUUUAGAUAUCUCGAUCCUCUCUCUCUCUCUCUUUCUCGCUCUUCAUGUUUAAUAUUUUACAAGAAAAUCAACUUGUUUUUAACUUCCAUUUCACCAUUUGAGAUAAAUUUGGCUUUAAGUGAUUAAAAA